UUCAGAUCCACCGCAGUCCACCAUAUGCCCGCCUCCUCGUCUCCCAUAAGUAGUGUGGGUGUGGCCGAGUCCACAUCCCACUGCGACCCGAUCUCGGUCACUCAAUGGCUUGUCGACUCCGAUGCCAUCACUUGGCAGCUUGCAACUCCGUAUAUUAACGCGCAUUCACCGAUUCCACUGCUUCAAUUUAUGCGAACAACCAGCAAACUCGCAAAUUUGAAGGCCAGGAGACCUGGGCUCCGGUAAAAUGGGGUCCAUCCAAGUCGAGGAGUUCCUCGACCAAGGCCAACCCAAUGCAAACGGCUUCAGACCUUACAAAAUCGUCGGGCUUGCGCCCGAACAGACAACUCCCACAGGCUUGAAAGAGGAAACACUGCUCCUUUCCUGGGUCAUCGCUCUUCUACGAACGAAGGAAAGUAGUCAAGUCACAUACGAAUGGGCUUACAACCGCGGCCGCGGCUCCAAGACAGAACUCGUGAAGAGAACUUUAUCGAUAGACGAAUUGAAGCUCGGUUUGCAGAGUAGUGUUGAAGAUGCAGCAUCAGCGAUCGCUAACUACCUUUCGACCUUCGCACUGGAUCAACCCGCGACGUCAAAUCCGGCUUCUCUCCUUCUAAGCACUGGGUCGUUGUCGCAAACUUCUGAAGCGAAAGACGAGGUGAGUUGAAGGAGUACUUGCGUGCCAGUGCUUAACUGAUGAGCCAAGGAUGCGAUUCACCUGGAAGUCCGCUUCAACAAUCCGCGCCUCGAAAUCCGCCCAGUGUGGUUUGCCGAAAAUGUGCUGCCAUAUACCGUAACACGACACAUCGAGACGCUAGUCGACGUCGUCAAAUCGUGCAUUGCGAAUUCCCACGACCUCAUUCAAGAUUUCCACCUUCGCCCGACAGAAUUCGAUCUGGACAGCAUCUGGGGUUGGAACCAUAUUCUACCCCCAACAUACAAGUUCUGCAUGCAUGAGAUGGUUGCGGAUCAAGCUCGCAGGUCGCCGGACAAGGAGGCAAUCUGUUCAUGGGACGGUAGCUUAACCUACCAACAAGUCGACCAAUAUUCUACGUUCGUAGCAACUUCGCUGAAGGACUUGGGCGUUAGACUGCAUGACGUGCUCCCUGUGUGCUUCGAGAAGUCGAGAUGGACAAUCGUUGCCGUGCUUGCGGUGAUGAAGUCCGGAGCCACUUUCGUCCUCAUGGACCCAACGCUUCCGCUGGCUCGGCUGCAAAACAUGGCGCAGCAAGUAGGCGCAAAAAUGAUGUUGUCAUCUCGCAAACAACAUGAUCUGUCAACUUCGAUAAUGCCGAAUACCAUACCUUUCGUCGUUGAAGCCGACACAUUUGCCAACCCUGCAAAGCUACAGUAUCUUCCAGAUUUGGGGCCGGUGCCUUCAUCAGCCCUCAUGUAUAUGAUUUUCACAUCUGGCAGCACGGGAACACCCAAAGGAGUCAAACUUUCCCAUGAGACCUACACGAGUAGUGCCAUUCCUCGUGCGAAAGAGGUGGGCUACACUGAAAGCUCUAGGACUCUCGAUUUUGCGUCAUAUGCAUUUGACGUCAGUAUCGACAGCAUGCUCCUAACACUAGGGAACGGCGGCUGCCUUUGCAUCCCUUCAGACGAGGACCGAAUGAACGACAUCAACGGUGUCAUACGCAACAUGCGAGUCAACUAUGCCGGCCUUACCCCGUCAGUGGGACGGAUUCUGGACAAGGACGUUAUCGCGCAGCUUGAGGGAUUCGGUCUUGGAGGAGAAGCUGUCUCGGCGAGAGACUGUAACGUCUGGGGCAAACUCGCAAGGAUAAUCAUCGGUUACGGCCCCUGCGAAUGCACUAUUGGAUGUACAGUGAACGGCAACGCUGCCACUGGCAGAGAUUAUAUCUCCAUCGGUAAAGGCAACGGAGCCGCCAUCUGGAUCACGGAUCCCAACGACCACGAAUCAUUAGUCCCAGUUGGUGCGGUAGGCGAAUUGCUUGUUGAAGGUCCAAUUGUCGGACAAGGCUACCUGAACGAUCCCGAGAAAACGGCCGCCGCUUUUAUUGAGGACCCGAAGUGGCUCGUCGCGGGACACAAGAGCUUUACUGGCCGUCGUGGUCGCCUCUACAAGACUGGAGACAUUGGGAAAUACGACCCUGAUGGCUCUGGUGGCAUUGUGUUUGUUGGACGUAAAGACACUCAAGUUAAGUUGCGCGGACAACGUGUCGAACUCGGUGAGAUUGAAAGUCAACUUAGGGCCAGACUGCCCUCGGAUGUCAAUGUCAUUGCAGAGGUGAUUGUGCCCAAAGAAUCCGGUGGCCAAGCCACCCUCGUCGCAUUCGUUUCAGUUCAGUCCACGAAGAAACAGGAUAAUACAGAGCUACAGUCUGAAGAACUCCCUGAGGAACUACGCAAAACACUAUCCGACGCUGAUACCGAUGUCGCUACGGUCCUGCCGCGGUACAUGGUCCCAACUGCGUAUAUACCGGUCAAUUACAUGCCUGUUCUGAUUUCAGGCAAGACUGACCGCAAGCGACUAAGGGAGUUCGGUACAAAGGUAGACUUGAGACAGGUGGAAGGUACAAGCAGUAGCAGUAGCAACCAUACUGGGGAGCUGACUGGGCUUGAGCAACGCCUGCGGGCGGCUUGGGGUGAAACAUUGAAGCGUGAGCCAGAAACCAUUCGGCCUGACGACAAUUUCUUCGCAUUGGGGGGUGACUCGGUCACGGCUAUGAAGCUUGUGUCCGUCUCUAGGGCUCAUGGCUUAGAGCUUACUGUCACCAACACAUUCAACUGCCCCGUACUUUCGGACAUGGCAAGCGUUGUUCAAGUGUGUGAUUCAGAAGCAAGGAAGGAAACGCCGGCGUUUUCGAUGAUUUCUCAAGCCGUCGACAGCGCCACUCUCGAGGCGGCCCAGGUUUGUGGAACGGAGCCGACAGCCGUCGAAGAUAUUUACCCAUGUACCCCGACCCAGGAGUCAUUGUUCACAUUCUCCCUAAAAGCCGUGGCUGCGUACGUUGCUCAAAGAGUUGCGUGCAUCCCUUCGCACAUUGACUUGGAAACUUGGAGGAAGGCAUGGGAAGAUGUCGUCUCAGCAAGCCCUAUCUUACGCACACGAGUUGCUCAGAUCUCCGAACCGGGGCUCCAGCAAGUUGUCCUGAAGGAGAACAUAUCCUGGAGACACUCCACCAACUUGGCGCAAUAUCUUGAAACCGACAGAAGCGAGAAGAUGGAGCUGGGCCAAAGUCUCGCUCGAUAUGCCAUUAUUGAAAAUGCAGACGACGGCAAGCGAUACAUGGUCUGGACUAUCCACCACGUUGUCUACGAUGGUUGGUCAGAGCCGAUAGUACUCCAGCAAGUCAGUAAUGCCCUACGGAAGCAGCCCAUAGAGCUGCAAUCCCAGAUGAGGGAAUUUGUCAGAUAUGUACGCGAGACAGACGAAACCGCCAUGCAAGAAUUCUGGCAGCGCGAGCUGAGGGGCGCCGUCGGCCCUCAAUUCCCGCGCCUGCCAUCGAGAGACUUCUUGCCAACUCCCAAUGGCAUGGUUGAGCAUCAGAUAGACCUCGAGCUGGGUGCUGGAUUACCAUUCACGAUGGCAACGCUGAUUAGGGGUGCUUGGUCUUUGGUUGCAUCUCAGUACACUGGAAGUGACGACAUCGUGUUUGGCGAGACGCUUAUGGGGCGUGAUAUUGCCUUGCCAGGUGUUGAAGGCAUUAUCGGACCAUUGAUUGCCACGGUUCCCGUCCGAGUACAUGUCCAUCGAACGAGCUCCGUCGAGUCUUACCUACAAAGCGUACAGCAAGCCAUGCUGGCCCGAACUCCGUACCAGCAUAUGGGUAUGCAGAACAUCAGAAAAGUAAGCCAUGAUGCUCAACACGCUUGUGAAACCGGAACAGGCUUGGUCAUCCAGCCCGACCCCGAGUACGUCGGUGAUGAACUUGGCUUUGAGAUCGGAGACGUUGUCCGUGAAGCGCUUCAUUUCAAUCCUUACCCGGUCAUGCUGGGAUGUGGUAUCCGAAAGGGUGGCUUCAGGAUCUGUGCUAGUUUCGAUGUCAGCUUAGUCGAAGUCACUCAGAUGAAGCGGAUCCUUGCGCAGGUAGAGACCGCUUGCGCACAGUUGAUCAAAGAUCCUUCGAGGAGGAUUAGUGAGAUUUCAUGUGUCCCUGAGGCGGAAUUGAACAAGAUCUGGCAGUGGAACCAAAGCCCACCAUUGUCCUUAGACGAGGCAUCUGGCAAACCUCGCGCAGAUGCGAGCAUCAAGCAAGGAUCAACCUAUCCUCGCGCUGUUGUGUCAUGGGUUUGUGAUCCGCGCAACUCAUCACGAUUGUCGCCCAUCGGUUGUGUCGGCGAACUCUGGCUCGAAGGCGACUUGCUUUCGGGAGGAACGAUCGAUUCACCAGCCUGGCUUGUCGCUGGAAGCUCCAACUUUGCUGGUCGCAAUGGCAAAGUGCAGUCCACGGGCGACAUGGUUCAGUUGCGAGAAGAUGGCAGCUUAAUCUUUGUCGGGCGAAAAGAGAAUGUUAUCGGGGUUCAAGGGCACGCAGUGGAUAUCGCAGAUCUCGAAGCCCAUCUCAAUCGACAACUGCCAUCGACUGUUCUUGCGGCUGCAGCUGUAGCCCAAGCACCUUCGGAAGAGCCAGAGUUGGUCGUCUUCGUCGAGGAGCAGACAUCUGAGGACAGCACUGUGAAGCUGGUCUCCGAGAAGCAUCAAAUUCAGGGCUUCCAGACGACCAUCAGAUCAGAUAUUCCCGUGAACCUUGCUCUAUCACUCAAGAAACUCGACAAGUUUAUUCGGGACAACCUUCCGGCAUAUAUGGCUCCCUCUUCCUACAUUGUUGUUGACAAGAUCCCGACCAAGUCGGAACAAAUCGACCACAGUUUACUCAACCAGGUUGCGUCGAACAUCCCUCGACAAGUACUCAUUCAACUUCGGGAGGGCAUCGACGAGGCGUGGAAGAGCACCAGUGCCCAAACAAAACUGACAAUAAACGAGAGUAUACUGCAAGCCGCUUGGGCGUCCAUCCUGAAAAUUGAUACAGAACGAAUUGAUGUCGACGACAACUUCUUCCGGCUGGGUGGAGACUCUGUCCUGGCCAUGAAGUUGGUGUCAAGCCUUCGAAUCCAAGGCCACAAUCUGUCAGUUGCCGAUGUCUUCCAGCACAUGCGCCUUGGUGAUGCCGCCAAAAAGCUAAAGGUGGGCCAGGCGCUAAAGGCGAAGAAGACGCAGGCUUACAAGCCAUUCUCGACGCUAGGCGGACUGGACUUGGAAGUAUUCCUGUCAGAGAGUGUGCGGCCAAAGCUUUCGGAUUCCAGUUGGUCUAUUCAGGAUGUGUGCCCCGUUACAGAUUCCCAGGCUCUGGAUGUCAGGGCAACCGUCAACACACCGCGCACCUCUAUUCAGUACACUAUGCUGUACUUUGGCAAGGACUUUGAUGGAGAAAAACUGUUUGUUGCUUGCAACAACCUCGUCAAAACUCACGACAUUCUGCGCACUGUUUUCAUUGAGCACGGGUCAACCUUCCUUCAGGUGGUGCUUGAGACACUUGAGGCCCCCAUAAUUAAGCAACAAACGGACAAGGAUCUGGAGCAAUAUGUCACGGAGCUCUGCACAGCAGACAUCGAAACAACCUUUGCACUCGGCUCGCCAUUCGUCCAGUUCUUCCACCUCGCAAACACCACCAACGGCCAACAAUCUCUAGUCCUUCGCCUCUCUCAUGCCCAAUACGACGGCAUCUCUCUCCCGCGUCUCCUCCGUGACCUCGAAACUCUCUACACAGGCAAGACAAUCGCCUCUUACGAGUCAUUCCCUUCAUACAUCUCCCAGAUUCACGACAAACCUGCCGAGGCAAAGGCAAUCACCUAUUGGCGCGAUCUCCUCGCCAACUCCUCCCUCUCCAUCCUCCCCGGAAAGUCAUACCCACACAACCCCUCCAACAAAGCCGUCUUCCACCACAAGGCUAUCACCGCCAUUCCCGCCCAACCUUUCAAGGAAAUCACCACGGCAUCUCUCCUCACAGCCUCCUGGGCCGUGCUCCUCGCUCGCCGUCUCAACAAGACAGACAUCACCUUCGGCAGCGUCACCUCCGGCCGCAUCCUCGAACACAUCGACAACACCGAGAACAUCAUCGGCCCAACCUACCAGAUCACCCCGGUCCGCGUCCCCUUCCAAGAUUCCUGGACACCUUCCGAUCUGCUCCACUACGUCCAAUCCCAAUCCGCCGCCUCGGCCGCCCACGACUUCCUCGGCUUCGAGCGGAUCGCGAAGAACUGCACACAGUGGCUCCCGUCAUCUGAUUCCGAGUCCGAUCCUUCAUUCUUCGACUCAAUGGUGCAUCAUCAAGACCAUGAAGACUUCGACACUAUGCCCUUCGCUGGAGGCGAGUGCAAAGUAGACAUCGCGAAUCCGCACGGUGAUGCAGCGUAUCCGGUCAAGGUUGUUUCGUUUGUGCGUGAUGGACAACUUCAUUUCGGUGUCGUGGGUAGUGAGAGUGAGGUUGUGUUUGUGGAUUCGGUGCUGGAUGAGCUGGUGAACACCGCGGAGGAGUUGGUUAAAGGCUUUGGAGACGUUUUGGCGCUGGGUUAAUUGCGCUGAAAGGUAGUUAGUAUGGGCUUACUAUAUACUGUUUUCGAUCUUAUCUAGAGCUGCCUGCUGUUUAGUUGAGCUGAUUGUAAAGUUCUUGAUAUAUAGUAUAGUAGUGUUAGACUUUCGGAGCAAUGAAGUUUGAUUCGGCGUUAA